UUCUUCAACCGCGCCGCCCUCUUUGCUCUUCUCCUUCUCCUUCUCCUUCUCCUCCGCGAAGGCCUAGCUUCGAUCUCUUCUCAGCCGCGAUGGGGACGCCGGAGACAUCCAGGGAGCCAUGCCCUGAUCGAAUCCUCGACGAUGUGGGUGGUGCCUUCGGCAUGGGUGCUGUUGGUGGUUCUGCUUUCCACUUCAUCAAGGGCCUUUACAACUCCCCCAAUGGUGUGCGUCUCGCCGGUGGAGUUCAGGCUGUGCGUAUGAACGCUCCCCGGGUCGGCGGUAGCUUUGCCGUCUGGGGUGGUCUCUUCUCCGCCUUCGAUUGCAGCAUGGUUUAUGUCCGUCAGAAAGAAGACCCGUGGAAUUCGAUCAUCGCAGGUGCUGCUACUGGUGGAUUCCUGCAGAUGCGUCAGGGGCUUGGCCCGGCCUCCCGAUCCGCGCUCUUUGGUGGUGUGCUCCUUGCCCUAAUCGAGGGCGCUGGCAUCAUGCUCAACCGCGUCCUUAGUGUACCACAGAACCUCCCUCCGAUGGAGGAUCCUGCAUCUGUUGGGUUUCCUGGGGCUUAUGUGCCGCAGGGCAUGCCUUCUCCGCCAACGGUAGAUGAACCUAGCACUGCAUCGUCGUCUUCUUGGUUUGGAGGUUUCUUUGGGGGCGGGAAGAAGAAAGAUGAGGUUAAAGAUGGGUCUGGAAGCGGGAAAACUGAGAUCUUGGAGAGUUUCGAUUCUCCUAGCGCUCCUAUACCAAACUUCGAGUUCAAGUAGAAUAAAAGCGAUAGGUAACUUUCAUGCGGACAGCUGAUAGCCGAUGAUUCUUGAAUACACCCAAAAUUGUGUUGCGAGACUGUGAAGCCUAAAACUCUAUGAAAUAUAUUCGUAUUAGAUUAAGCGCGCUUCGUGUCUUCUACAUAAAUUUUCUUCUUUUGAGCUGUUUAUUUGUAUUUGUCGGAUAGAAACUGGUAGGUUAUUAGCUUUGCUUACUAGGUUCAUCUCUUAAAACUAAAGGUUAUGAAUGACACAGGAGACUGGAUCCUGGACAUUGCUUUUGUUGGCUGAGUCAAGAAAAACAUUGAUACAUCUGUCCCAAAUUUUGUUAAUAUCUGUGCUACUGUAUGAAUGUCCCGACUUAAUGAUGGUUUGCAUUUUA